CAUGCCCCCAGAGCAGACGUGGCACACAGACGGUUUAAAGUCGCAGUUGCAGCCGGAGCUGACCUGCGACCAACUAGCCGUUAUCUGUGCAGUAGCUCUACAGGGACUUAAAGGCGUUUAGAUAAAAAUACUUGAAGAGUUUCUUGCUUUUUGAACGCUCAAUAAACCAUGGCUUCGUCUACAAAUAAUAACGGUUCUGUUGGUAAAUGGGAGGUGGUGAGAAGAGGCAAGAAACAGAACAGCGCUGCCAAGGGUCAAGCCGACAAGAAGUCCAGAAAAGCUCUGAUCGAGUCGAACUCUCGGAAACCAGACCUGUUCCCAUCUGUAAAGUUAUCAGAGACGAUAUUUGAGGGUUUUGAGAAGAUUGGUAAAAAGCAGAACAAGGAACAGGUUCCUCCCCCAGCUGAGACUCAACAGAAGAAGCUCAAUACAGCAAAGCAAUCCAAGAAAUCCCAGUCCAACAGCAGCUCAAAACCAACCCGAUAUAAGAAGUUAGAGGAAGCUGUCAAAGCUCUGGAUGUGGUGGAAUUGAGGCAACAGCUAGAGAAAAGUCAAGCUAUGUUCCCUGAGAAUCCAUGUGUCUGGGUGAAGGAUCUAGCUGGGUAUCUCAACAGCAAACUGCUGGCACCUGACACUGAUCCCACGCUCAGCAACUAUGCUCAUGAUUACCCAUACUGCCUUGCUGGAAAGGAUUUGCGCAGUGUAAUUAAGAAUAUGUUGGGGAAAAGCAGUGACUCACUACAAGAAUUCUUUGAUCAUUGUGUGCUCACCAUGCUCCGGGAGUUGGAUAGGCCAGCAGGUGAACCACUGCAUGGCUACAGAAUGUGCAUUCAGGCUAUCAUGAUGAGCAAACCCAAAAUAGUCACGCUGAACCUGCCUGAACACCUGGAGCUGUUGCGCUCCCACCAGAACCGUCCUGCCAAGUGUCUGAGCAUUAUGUGGGCUCUUGGACAAGCUGGCUUCUAUGACCUGACCCAAGGCAUAAGAGUUUGGCUGGGCAUCAUGCUUCCUGUUCUAGGAGUGAAAACUCUGUCUGCCUAUGCCAUUGCAUACCUAGAGAGACUACUCAUGCUCCAUGCCAAUCUGUCUAAAGGGUUUGGGGUAAUGGGCCCGAAAGAAUUCUUCCCUCUACUGGAUUUUGCUUACAUGCCUAAAAAUGCCCUAUCGGCAAGCCUGCAGGAACAGUUGAGGCGACUCUACCCACGGUUGAAGGUUCUAGCAUUUGGAGCAAAACCGGAAUCUACGUUGCAUACAUACUUCCCUUCCUUUCUCUCCAGAGCCACCCCCAGUUGUCCUGAUGCCAUGAAGAAGGAGCUGCUGAGCAGCCUGACUGAGUGCCUUUGUGUAGAUGCACAGAGUUUGGGCGUAUGGAGGCAACUUUACACUAAACAUCUCACCCAGUCCAGCCUCUUGUUGAAUCAUCUGCUUAGUUUAUGGAGCACCCUCCCACUGAAGUUGCGAAACAGCCUUCAGGAAACAAUUCAGUCUUUCAGAGUGACCAACGAAGAGAUUAGGUCUACAGCUAACUUGGAUGAUGUACAGGAAUGCAACGCUGUGUGCAGUUCUCUGCAGAUGAAAAUUUGCUCUCGGGGGUUCCCGUGGUCACGGGUGCUGCUGGUCCUGCUUGUGUUUGUUGCCAGUUUUAUUGCUCAUGAUGUGAGAUCUCAUGGUGCAUUUGCUGACUCCACCACAGCCCUGUACCUGCAGAAGAGUGGAGUCACUGCAGUAUCCCAGCAGGCCUGUAGAAAAGUGACCCAUUACAGCCAGCAGGGCAUCAACUGGUUAGCUGAAACAAUGCCAUAUUAUUACUCUCUGGCUAUGGAGGCUAUGGGUCCAGUUUUAGAAGCCAUAUUGGAAAAGCUGAAGGUGGCUGCAUUCUUUAUUGCACAGAAGAGUUCUGAAUUGAUACUAUGGCUGCAGGAGAGCACACCACUACUUGUAGAAUGGAUCAAUGCCAACACCCCAGACAGUAUUUUCAAGUUUUUGGAGUUUAUAAAGGAGCUGCUGCUGUUUGUGCAUCAGAGCUACAUCCUGCCUAGCCUGCAGUACGUUAUUACAGCGCUACAGCAUCUUUGGCAGUCACUGCAGGACUCCUGCAAUGGUGAAGUAUCACUUCUCUGCAUGCAGAACCAUGUGAUGGCAUUCACCAACAGCACAUGGAUUUAUUUGCAAGAUACAACAACUGCCAUCCGGAGCUGGGCUCAAGAGCUGCUGUCCAAGGUGUGAUGCAUGCCCAGGAUGUAGGAUGGAGACUGUGUCUCUUGAUUUGCGUCUACUGUCAUGCUGGGCUGUAAAGACUGUAGGAUUCUCUUCAUCUAAUAUUUCUCUAAUUUGGAGGAAUUGACAGGAGGUGGAACACUUGCAUUUUCUUUUUGUUUCGUUUUCUUCCUCCCACCACCACUAUUUGGCACUCUAUCCCAGUCCCUCAAGAUCAGGACAUUUUUAUAUGAUCAAUACCCAAAAUGUUGUGUUCCUUUUCACCUGUUGUGUUUUACUAAUUCUAUUACUCAUUCCAUUCACAGCAAUACUCAGGAAGUUUUCCAUUAGUAAUGUCUGUGGGGGAAGUUAUCAAGAGGGGUUAGGUUUUUUUUUUUUUUUUUUUUUUAAUAUAAAGUGAAAGCAUUGCCACUGGUAAAAUUCUGAGCAUGCAAUCUUUUAAAAGUCAUUCAUGCAUGCUACCUGAUUUUUCUUUAUAGGAAUACUGAUUUUAGUGGUCAUGACUUUAUGCAGAUACAAUAUUUUAUGUAUGUAGUAGUAAAACAAAAGUCUACAAAAGAUGUUGCUGGUAUAAUUUGAUGUGUUGAAUGACAUUUUUAGAUUAAGUAGUGCAUCUGAGGUUUUGCUGGAGAGCUAUCUGAGCAGUGACUGUAUAAAGUCAAACACAGCAUAAUUUUGAUGUGGAGCAAAUCUGCUCAUGAACUAUGUACUUGUGUGGACACAAGCCUUAAGCAUAUAGCUGUUAACUUGCCAUGAAUCUGAAAUUUUUAGAUUUACACCUCCUUGGCAACAGUAAGAUUUAACAUUUUUGUGCCAAUUUAGUUGUAAGCAAGCUGUUCUAGUGCAAAUGUCCCCUAUUUGUGCAUUUUGUUAAUCUUAAUUCCAGCAGCUCGUUGCAUUUCAGAUGCAUCAGCAUACUGAGGUUGGAGCAAUGAAGCAUUCCAUGGCUACAUGACCAAACUUUGGUUGUGCUGGAUUCUGUGGCUUUUUGCUAGUGGUCACUUUCUGGAUUUGUGUAAUUAACUAGCUCAAGCAAGCAAACUCAUUCCAUUCACAGCAAUACUCAGGAAGUUUUCCAUUUGUAAUGUCUGGGGGAAGUUAUCAAGUGUGGGUUUUUUUUUUUGUUGUUUGUUUUUUUUAAGUGGAAGCAUUGCCGCUGGUAAUUUUCUGAGCAUGCCAUCUUUUAAAAAAGUCAUUCAUGCAUGCUACCUGAUUUUCUUUAUAGGAAUACUCUAAUUUGGUGGUCAUGACUUUAUGAAUAGAACUUGUAAUAAAACAGUUUACUGUGUGCUUCACCCUCACAUCUAAGGCCUUGUCCACUCCGUUUCUCAGUAUCAGAGAUUUUAUGGUGAUUCACUGUUUCUACCAUCUGCAAGUGUUCUAUUUGACUUUUAAUGUGAUCUGAGAAGCUCUAUUGGAGAUGGACAGGUUCUAUAUUUUUUACCCCUCCCUCUCUGUGAAGAGUUGGCCCUCCUUCUGCUAAUACGUUUAAGAACUGAAUUCUCCAUUUGAUGUGAAGUUUUUCCUCAUCUGUGCAGUACACCAUAAUGUUCAAGUGUCAAAAGGUAUAACUAAAGGUGCAUAGCACCAUAUCUGUAAUGGUAAUCAGUCAGUUGGAGCUGGUUAAAGACAGAUUCAGGUUUAGACUAGAACACCAGCCCUUAACAUGAUGGGACCGUAUGUAUGGAUUAUACCAGGGGAGUGGAAAAGUAAUAUAAAUGUGAUAAACUAAUUUUGUUGCUUUUUGUAUAAUGGUUUAUAAAUAAUUUAAUAAAACAUGUGCAGCCCUG